AUGGAUGUGUGCGCUCGUCUUGCCCUGUGGCUCCUUUGGGGGCUCCUCCUGCAUCACGGCCAGAGCCUCAGCCAAAGCCACAGCGAGAAGGCGACCGGCUCGGGGGCCAAUUCCGAGGAGUCCACUGUAGCAGAGUUUUGCCGGAUUGACAAGCCCUUGUGCCACAGUGAGGAUGAGAAGCUCAGCUUUGAUGCAGUCCGCAGCAUCCACAAGCUGAUGGAUGAUGAUGCCAAUGGUGACGUGGAUGUGGAAGAAAGCGAUGAGUUCCUGAGGGAAGACCUCAAUUACCAUGACCCAACAGUGAAACACAGCACCUUCCAUGGUGAGGAUAAGCUCAUCAGCGUGGAAGACCUGUGGAAGGCAUGGAAGUCUUCAGAAGUAUACAACUGGACCGUGGAUGAGGUGGUGCAGUGGCUGAUCACAUAUGUGGAGCUGCCUCAGUAUGAGGAGACCUUCCGGAAGCUGCAGCUUAGUGGCCAUGCCAUGCCAAGGCUCGCUGUAACCAAUACCACCAUGACAGGGACUGUGUUGAAGAUGACAGACCGGAGCCAUCGGCAGAAGCUGCAGCUGAAGGCCCUGGACACGGUGCUCUUUGGGCCUCCUCUCCUGACCCGCCAUAACCACCUCAAGGACUUCAUGCUGGUGGUGUCUAUCGUUAUUGGUGUGGGUGGCUGCUGGUUUGCCUAUAUCCAGAACCGUUACUCCAAGGAGCACAUGAAGAAGAUGAUGAAGGACCUGGAGGGCUUACACCGAGCUGAGCAAAGUCUGCAUGACCUUCAGGAAAGGCUGCACAAAGCCCAGGAGGAGCACCGCACGGUGGAGGUGGAAAAGGUGCACCUGGAGAAGAAGCUGCGCGACGAGAUCAACCUUGCCAAGCAGGAAGCCCAGAGGCUGAAGGAGCUGCGGGAGGGAACGGAGAAUGAGCGGAGCCGCCAGAAAUAUGCCGAGGAGGAGUUGGAGCAGGUACGGGAGGCCUUGAGGAAAGCAGAGAAGGAGCUGGAAUCGCAUAGCUCCUGGUAUGCUCCAGAGGCCCUUCAGAAGUGGCUGCAGCUGACCCAUGAGGUGGAGGUGCAGUACUACAACAUCAAGAAGCAAAAUGCCGAGAAGCAGCUGCUGGUGGCCAAGGAGGGGGCUGAGAAGAUAAAAAAGAAGAGAAACACACUCUUUGGCACCUUCCACGUGGCCCACAGCUCUUCCCUGGAUGAUGUGGAUCACAAAAUCUUAACAGCUAAGCAAGCUCUGAGCGAGGUGACAGCAGCACUGAGGGAGCGUCUGCACCGCUGGCAACAGAUUGAGAUCCUCUGUGGCUUCCAGAUUGUCAAUAACCCUGGCAUCCAUUCCCUGGUGGCUGCCCUCAACAUAGACCCCAGCUGGAUGGGUAGUACGCGUCCCAACCCCGCCCACUUCAUCAUGACCGACGACGUGGAUGACAUGGAUGAGGAGAUUGUAUCACCCUUGUCCAUGCAGUCUCCCAGCCUGCAGACCAGUGUCCGGCAGCGCCUGACGGAGCCGCAGCAUGGCCUGGGGUCUCAGAGGUUGGUAGAGGGCGAGGCUGGCCACUUCUUGACAAGCCGGGUCUCUCUGCGGCGAAUGCGCAGCCUUUCAUCUGGACAGUCUUUCAGUUCUGAAGGCCUCGGGACCAGCGCUCCACCUGCCUCUGCUUCUUCUUCCUGCUCCUCUGCCACCACCACCACCACCACCACCACCACUACCACCACCACCACCUCCAUCACCACCGUCCAUGUCCACCCUGUCUAUUACCACCACAGCACUUCCUAUUUCCUCCAGAUGGAGCCCUACCCUGACCCAUCCCCUUCUGACAGCACCGCUGUGAUGCCUUGGCACUCAGAGAGCUUGGGGGAUUUGACCCAUUCCGAUUCGGAGUCCUCCCUCCACAUGAGUGACCGCCAGCGUCUGGCCCCCAAGCCUCCUCAGAUGAUCCGUGCUGCAGAUGAGGCUCUCAGUGCCAUGACCUCCAACGGCAGCCAUCGGCUGAUUGAGGGGGCCCACCCAGGCUCUCUGGUGGACAAACUGCCUGACAGCCCUGCCCUGGCCAAGAAAGCACUGCUGGCGCUGAACCAUGGGCUGGACAAGGCCCACAGCCUGAUGGAGCUGAGUUCCCCGGCCCUACCUAGUGGUUCUCCACAUUUGGAUUCUUCCCGUUCUCACAGCCCAAGUCCCCCAGACCCAGACACGCCAUCUCCAGCUGGGGACAGCCGAGCCCUCCAGGCUAGCCGAAAUACACGUAUCCCCCACCUGGCUGGCAAGAAGGCUGCGGCUGAGGAGGAUAAUGGCUCCAUUGGCGAGGAGACAGAGUCCAGCCCAGGCCGGAAGAAGUUUCCGCUCAAAAUCUUUAAGAAGCCUCUUAAGAAGUAG